AUGGAUAAUUAUUCAGAACAUAGAUAACUACACCAGAUAUCUGUUCAGAACAUUGAUAAACCCAUCGCAAUCGCAAUUCCUAUUCCUCAUAUUUUCUCGGAAAAUCUCUUGGCACUAUUUCGAAAACCAACCAUCUCCAAUUUAGCCCUAACCAACAUCAUCGUGAUUCGAAUCGGUGAAGAUAUGUCAACCUCAAGCCAGCACCAGUUCCGAUACACUCAAACCCCCUCCAAGGUACUCCACCUUCGCAACCUUCCAUGGGAAUGCUCAGAAGAGGAGCUCAAAGAGCUCUGCAAACCCUUUGGCAAGAUCGUCAAUACCAAGUGCAAUGUCGGCGCCAAUCGCAACCAAGCUUUUGUUGAAUUUGCAGAUCUAAAUCAAGCCAUUUCAAUGGUUUCAUACUAUGCUUCAUCUUCGGAACCUGCUAUGAUUCGUGGUAAAACUGUUUACAUUCAAUAUUCUAAUAGACACGAAAUUGUCAACAACAAAAGCCCUGGAGAUAUUCCUGGAAAUGUCUUGCUGGUAACUAUUGAAGGUGUGGAAGCUGGGGAUGUGAGCAUUGAUGUAAUCCACUUGGUGUUCUCUGCUUUUGGCUUUGUUCACAAAAUUGCUACAUUUGAAAAGACUGCAGGUUUCCAGGCUCUGAUUCAGUUCACUGAUGCUGAAACCGCUUCUUCAGCUAGAGAUGCACUGGAUGGAAGAAGCAUACCAAGAUACCUGCUUCCAGACCAUGUUGGUUCUUGUAACUUGCGUAUUUCAUACUCAGCACAUAAAGAUCUGAACAUCAAAUUUCAAUCAAAUCGCAGCAGGGACUACACAAAUCCUAUGCUUCCUGUUAAUUAUACUGCUAUUGAGGGGGCAGUACAGCCUGCUGUAGGUCCUGAUGGGAAGAAGAAAGAACCUGAGAGCAAUGUACUUUUGGCUUCCAUUGAUAAUAUGCAGUAUGCUGUUACUGUUGACGUCCUCCACACAGUGUUCUCUGCAUUUGGUACUGUCCAGAAAAUUGCUAUAUUCGAAAAGAAUGGUCAAACACAGGCACUAAUUCAGUACCCUGAUGUCAUAACAGCAGAAGCUGCUAGAGAAGCUCUAGAGGGGCAUUGCAUAUAUGAUGGUGGCUAUUGUAAGCUUCAUCUAUCAUACUCUCGUCAUACUGAUCUCAAUGUAAAGGCCUUCAGUGACAAAAGUAGAGACUACACAGUGCCAGAUCCUAGUCUGCUUGCUACACAAGGUCCUGCAGCAGCUUGGCAAAAUCCCCAGGCUGCACCUAUGUACCCUGGUAGUGCCCCUGCUUUUCAAACUCAAGUUCCUGGAGGACAAAUUCCAUCUUGGGAUCCAAGCCAGCAGGCAGUUAGACCGAGUUAUGUAUCUGUACCGCGUACUUUUCCCAUUCAAACUGGUGCAGUUCCUUCAAUGCCAGCCUAUGCGCCAGCAGCUAUGCCCGCUGCUUCCUCCCCUCUUGCACAAAGCAGCCCUAUGGCUCAUAUUGCAAAUCCAAUGGGAAGCACCCAGACCAGGGUUCCAACCAAUGCACAUUUACAACCCACUGGUGCUUCACCUUCAAUUCGUGGUUCCUCACCUCUGCAAACCAGCCAACAAACCAACCAAGUUGGUCAAGGAUUGGUUCAGCCAAAUGUGAGACCUGGUGGCGUUUCACCAUCCGGUCAACAUUAUUAUGGUUAGAAAGUAUGUUUACUUCUACAUGAAUGAAAGGAAAGUUGUUUUGAUGGAAGAAAGAGUGAUAAUAUUACUAAUUUGUUAUUCAGUUGGAGAUUUCAUCAUCAAUGUUAGUUUUUUAAAUGUUUAAAUUUAAUUUGCAAAUAAAUUGUCGAAAUCGUUUAUAUUAAUACCCUAAGCUUUAUGUUUCUUUACUAUGUUUAAUGCUGAAAAUCUUUUUAUUU